UUUCACGACAUAUUAAAACCAUCCCAUCUUAAAAAAGAUACCCUCAAGUUCGAUCAACCAGCAAACUCUCAUUCUCAUACCAUCUUAACGACGUCACACUAUUCAUCACAAAUCACCUAAAUUGCUUCGCAGAAUCAUCAUCCAAUUCACAAAAUGAGUCUGUACGGAUUAGUUCAUAAAUUUGUAAUCUGUCGAAAAUGCUUCCUAGAUGUGGAAGCACAUGAAAAGCGCUUCCUCGACGAACAUACGGCAUUCCAGCUCUUGCUGCGCCAUGAUAAAUCAUCGAGAAUACAAAAAAUACAAAUAAAGAUCAUUGAGACAAGCAAUUUCCUUCAUAGUUUAAGACUUCUCCCCACGUCAAGCCAACAAAUUUGUAAGUAAACAAAUUCCUUUUUUAGCGAGUAAUAACUUCCCACUCCUGAGUUUUCUUAAGCAUCAGGAAUGGAUAUGAACACCCUAAUGUUGAUGUUUACCCCCAAUACAUGAAAGUUUUAAUGGAUUGUACAAAAGAACAUCCUACAAUAACCUAGACUACCUGGGGAGUUUGUAGGGUAUAUCGUAAAAAACAAACUUAUCGAGACGUCUAACUAACAUUCUCUUAGCUCCUAAUGUCUCUCCAUGCGCUGUCAUCGGGGAGUGGGAAGGAAAAAAUGAGAGAUGCGCUCAGUGGCUUCGAUCAAUAGAAGUCCAACCAAAAGCACCAUUGGAAUUUGAAGCAGCCGAACAACUCGAAGCACAGGAAUUUUCGGAAGAAGCACGGCAAGCUGUGAUGGAAUAUAGGUCCGAGGUUGCUGCUGCGCUCCCAGAACCGAAAAUAAAAGCAUUGGAAUUUCCAAAUAGCGUCCAGAGGUCACACAAAGCCGCCAAAAAGGAUAUGCAGCUGGGACCUGAAAAGGCUUUCGAAGAAGUACUUUCGGGAUCAAGUAAAUCAGCAGAGAAAAACGCCAAUUUUUCAAACCGCACUUCGCAAAAUGACAAGUUUAGCAAGGCGAAAGAAACUUCAUGUACCUCUUAUACGAAAAUUUUCUCCAGGGGAAAGAAGUUAGACGAGUGUUCGAAAAAUACUCCGGAGAAUCGUCAGGCCCCUAAGGAAGAAAUAAAGCAGGGAGUUGGAAAGACUUCCGCCGAAGUACUUACGGAACCAAAGAAUCGAACAGGAUAGGCUAAGACUACUCGAAACAUAUAGUAAAAGUAUUUUUGAAGGAUUUUCAAGUUUCUUAGCACCAGCGAACCAGCGUGACCAGCGACUCAUUGAAAGCGGAGAACAUUUCGAAGAACUUCCAAAUUCUCCAAGGAAAAGACAGACACCCAUCAUCUCUACUUCGGACAAAUCCGAAUUAACCAGCGAUCGACUUUUACAAACGCGUUUAGAAUAAGUUCUC